AUGGCCGAUUCGAUCCGUAUCCCAGUACGCUUAUUCGUGGGUAGACUCCCAGCUACAUGGCAGGAACAAAACAUACGCGAUCUUUUUGAAGCAUACGGUGAAGUCCAGGAAGUAGGAAUGAUCAGGCCUAAAGACAAUGGCAAGCAGCAGACAGGCUGUGCAUUCGUUAAGUUUGGUGCUGUCCAUGAAGCCGCUACUGCCAUCAAAUCUCUUAAUGGAACGUAUAAAGCCGACGAUGUCUGUGGUUUCAUCCAAGUACAGUUUGCCAAUGGCGAGCCCGAGAGGCUUGGCCUUCCUGAGGAUACAGAGGGAUACUCCCAGAAGUUGUUCGUGGGCAAUAUCCCGCCGUCCACGACUGAUGAGGAGCUCAAGCGUAUUUUUGACGAGUAUGGUAAUGUCACUGAAGCCUAUGGUUUGGAAUCUAAACGGGCCAGUGGAAAUAAGGCGGCUUUUGUGAGAUAUUCGAAGAAAUCAGACGCUGUUAAGGCCAUAGAAGCUCUCAAUGAGAAGUAUACCUUCCCUGGUGAGCCUCAUCCCAUCACAGUUAAAUGUGCUGAUACCAGGGAGCAGAGGCUUGCUCACAAACAGGAGGUGGAUUCUCAUCGUUUCCAAGGAGGUGGUGAUAGACCUUCCCGCACUCCCGAUCAAGGAGGCUUCGACAGAAUGCCUCAGAUGGGAGGUGGGAGUCUUCGUGGAGGUUUCCAAAGCCGAGCUGGGGGAUAUCAACCACCUCCACCACCGCCAGCUACAGUGCAGCCUCGGCGUGCCGGUCCUUGGACUGAGUAUCUCAACCAUCCGGAUGGACGUUACUAUUAUCACAAUUCGCAGACUGGACGGACUCAGUGGGAAGUGCCUUUUGAGAUGAAUAUGUCUCCAUCUGGGCAACAGCCUAGGAGGCCCCAGCAGCAGCACGGGAAGAACGGCCCUCCUGGGGGUAGGACUCUGCUGUGGAAGCCUAGAUCAUUCGAAUGGUUCUCAGCUAACGUUUUUGUGUAUAACAUUCCGGCGGAUUGGAGAGAAGGUGAUCUCGCGAGGGAGUUUGGAAACUGCGGCUCAAUUUCUACCACUAAGAUCAUAGUUGAUAAUGUAACGAACCUAUCAAAGGGUUAUGGCUUCGUCUCGUUUAACGACGUGCCGAGUGCCGUUGCGGCCGUCAGGAACAUGGACGGUUUCGCUACUCACACUGGAAAACGGCUGCAGGUGCAGAUCAAGAAGGGUGAGGAAGAUGCCGCAGCCCAAGUCAUGGGAUUGCCCGUGAGUCAAAUUCGCGGAAGUAAAAUCGGUGCUGUUCUCGUCGUUGCUCCACAAGCGUGCCUGUUUUCAGUGGGCCAAGGACGUGGAUCUAAUCCGUACUAG